AAACAGGAGAGGGUGAGAGUGAGAAGAAAAGCCAAACCCCACGCGAAGAUCAAGCGAAAGCAAAGCCCACCAAAAAAACAAAAGGAAAAAAAAAAAAGAAAAAAGAAAGAGCAGAAUAAGGUGUCUCUCUCUUGGACUGAUUCUUUUUCAUUUCCAUUUCCAUCUCUCUUCUCCCUAUAUAUCAAAAGAAAAGAAACCAUAUCAAACAAAGGCAAAGGCAAAGGCAAAAUGUUGUUGGUGAGAAACCAAAUUAAAGAAACAAGAAAAUUAGAAGAAGGGUGAUCUAUUCUCUUGUUGUUGAUCAGCUUUUAUCAUCCAUUCUUUGAUUGCUUCAUUCAUUCAUUCUUUCUUUCUUUCUUAUCUUCUUCAAACUUGAUUGCUUUCCCUUCACAAUCACAUUGCUGUAAUGGCCGUUCAAGCUCAGUAUCCUUCCAAUGUCCUCCUCUUAAACAGAAGUGGACAAGAAGGGCAUGAGUUUUCGUUGCAACAACAAGGGGGAGGGGUUUAUAUUGAUCAAUCCCAUAUGUUCUUUAACAGCAACAACAACAAUAAUAAUCCAAGGAAAAGAGGAAGAGAAAUGGCAGCGGUAGCAACAACUGCGCCCAUGAAUUCAUUUUCUUUGCAAACGCAACCGCCUCAAUUCAUAGAGCUUUCUCAACUCCAAAGACCAAAUGUAAUCUCCACUGGGCUCCGCUUAUCUUUUGGCGACCAACAACACUUGCACCAAAACCAAAACCAAAACCAAAACCAAAGUUAUGAACACCAACAUCAAAAUCUCGUUUCCAGCUCCACUGAUUUUCUGUCUAUAACAUCUGAUGAAUUGGCUACCCAAAUCAAACGCCAGAGAGAAGAACUAGACCAAUUUCUUCAAGCCCAGGGGGAGGCAUUGCGGCGUACGUUAGCGGAGAAAAGGCAUAGGCACUUCCGUGCGCUACUGGGGGCAGCGGAAGAAUCGGUGGCGAGGAGAUUAAGGGAUAAAGAAGCGGAAGUUGAGAAAGCAAAGCGGCGGAACGCAGAGUUGGAGGCACGCGUGGCGCAACUUAACGUGGAGUCGCAGGUUUGGCAGGCGAAAGCCAGGGCACAGGAGGCUACGGCGGCUUCAUUACAAGCGCAGCUUCAACAGGCUAUAAUGAGCGGAGGGGCUGCCGCCUCGAUGCAGGACAGCAGGAGAGGGGAGGAGGGGGUGAAGUGCGGUGAAGGGCAAGCGGUGGACGCCGAGUCGGCUUACGUGGACCCGGACCGAGUGGUGGCUUCAUGGGGUCCGGCAUGUAAGGCGUGUCGGAAACGUCUGGCGUCGGUGGUGCUGCUGCCGUGUCGGCAUCUAUGCUUGUGUACAGAGUGUGAUCGAGUGGCGCAAGCCUGCCCGCUUUGCCUCACCGCCAGGAAUUCUAGCGUCGAGGCUUUUCUUUCUUGAAUUUUUUUUUAAAGCCCAGAUUAAAGAAAAGGGGAAAAACAAUUUGGAAAAAAGAAAGAAAAUCAAAUAGUAUAAACCUUGAUUAUAAUAAUAAGUUUUACAUUUUUAAUCAAA